AAUCACAUGGGUUCAGAAGACGGAAACUCAUGGAGUACAAAUGAAAAGUGAAUUCAUAAUGUUACCGAAACCCAGUCGCUCUCUUAUAUUAUUAAAGUAAAGAAAGUAGUUUUGUGUGUGUGUGUUUUGGUGAAUUCCCUAUAUCGUUAACCCGGCGCACAUGGCUUCCAGUACCAACUUGCAGAGAGCUAUAAGCAUUGCUAACAAGGCCUCUCAAGAAGACAGCGCGGAGAAUUAUGAAGAAGCCAUCCGUCUGUACCAGCAUGCUGUACAGUACUUCUUACAUAUAGUGAAGCGUGAACCCCAGGGCAAAGAAGGCAACCAGAAAAUCAGAGACAAAUGUGCAGAAUACCUGGACAGAGUUGAACAUCUAAAGGAAUACUUAGAGAAAAAAGAGAAAGCUAUAGACCUCGCAAGCAAGGCGGCUCAAGAAGACAAAGCACAAAAUUACGAGGAGGCACUCCGUCUGUACCAGCAUGCAGUACAGUACUUCCUACAUGUAGUGAAAUAUGAGGCUCAGGGAGACAAAGCAAAGCAGAGCAUCAGAGCGAAAUGUGCUGAAUACCUGGACAGAGCCGAAAAGCUAAAGGAAUAUUUGAAGAAGAAGGAGAAGGCUCCAGCAAAGCCCGUUAAAGAGUCCCAAUCUGAUGACAAAGGGAAUGAAAGUGACGAGGGAGAUGAUCCAGAAAAAAAGAAAUUCCAAAAUCAACUCCAAGGGGCCAUUGUUAUGGAAAAGCCAAAUAUCAAAUGGAGUGAUGUCGCUGGUCUCGAGGGCGCAAAGGAGGCACUGAAAGAGGCUGUAAUUCUGCCCAUUAAAUUCCCACACCUCUUCACAGGUAAAAGAACCCCAUGGAGAGGAAUUCUGCUCUUUGGGCCUCCUGGUACAGGAAAGUCCUACUUGGCCAAAGCUGUGGCAACUGAAGCCAACAACUCUACCUUCUUCUCCAUCUCCUCUUCAGACUUGGUGUCCAAGUGGCUUGGUGAAAGUGAAAAGCUGGUGAAGAACCUGUUCCAGCUGGCGCGAGAGCACAAGCCCUCCAUCAUCUUCAUCGACGAGAUCGACUCCUUAUGUGGCUCGAGGAGCGAAAACGAAAGCGAGGCAGCGAGGCGCAUUAAAACGGAGUUCCUGGUUCAGAUGCAGGGUGUUGGAAAUGAUAAUGAAGGAAUCUUGGUGCUGGGAGCUACAAACAUUCCCUGGACACUGGACUCUGCCAUCAGGAGACGGUUUGAGAAACGCAUCUACAUUCCCCUCCCAGAGGAGCACGCCCGAUCCUUCAUGUUCAAGCUGCACCUGGGCUCUACACCCACUAGCCUCAGUGAUUCCGACUUCAUGACUCUGGGCAAGAAAACUGAGGGCUACUCAGGGGCUGACAUCAGCGUUAUUGUGAGGGACGCCCUGAUGCAGCCAGUCAGGAAGGUGCAGUCAGCCACCCAUUUUAAGAAGGUUCGAGGGCCAUCAAGGGAGGACUCUAACAUUCUGGUAGAUGACCUCUUGACCCCAUGCUCUCCAGGAGAUCCAAAUGCUAUAGAAAUGUCCUGGAUGGAUGUACCAGGAGAUAAACUCCUGGAACCUAUCGUUUCUAUGUCUGACAUGACAAGGUCCCUAGCAAACACCAAGCCGACAGUGAAUGAGCAGGACUUGGAGAAACUGAAGAAGUUCACAGAAGAUUUCGGCCAGGAGGGUUAGAACGGAACUGAAAACGAAACAUAACCAAAUGGAUUUGGAGUUUAAAAUCUUUCCAGUCUUUCUUUCCUUUUCCCUCCUCUGGAUGCUUCUGUUGUUUUCAUUCCAAAAUGGUCAGGGUCCCUUUCAGACAUGACUGCUUAUCCAGUCUCAGGAUGAUAGAGGGUCUUUAACUGAAAAUUGUCUGUACUUCUAGUUGUUUUCUGUUGCCAAUAAAGUGAAACAUAAGUCAUUUUCAUAUAUAAAUAAAUAAACCUUACAUGAUUAUGACAAAAAUGGAGACCAUUUAGAAUUACUGGGGUUUUAAGAGUCAAACUGACAAUACAUGCCAUCCUCGUGCUUUAGAUACCAGUGCUUCUCAAGUCUAAUUUAUUAUUGGCCUCAGACGUAUGACCACGAGUACCUGCUGGAAGUCACAUUGCUGUUUUCUUCCAGAGAAGUGUUAGUUUAAGGAAUCGUGUUGAAUGUUGAAUCCCAGUGGAAGCUGUUGUGGCCUAUCUGAGAAACACUACUGUGCGUGGCUGUGUUGUAAUUUUGAUUCAGAGCAGUUGCUUAAGGGGGUGGGACAGAGUCACUUGGUGAGGCUGAACUGGGUUUUCAUUCGUAGUAAGAUGUGGGGCGAGGCAGUGUACUUUUAAUUUAAGGUAUUUUAAUUGUAUGUUUGUUUUUUAUGUUUUCAUCUUCGGUGGUUCACCUGUCAAGCAUGUUUUGUAGUUUUCUAAAUGAGCUUGUGAGGCAUUUUCCAUGCAGUAACUGGUGUGCGCCGAUGUCUUCUCUUUGAGUAAUGGUUAGGAACCUUGGAAGGUUUCUUAUCAUGGCUCAAAGGCAGACAGUCGGGGAACGAAGCUGUGCAUGUGUGAAACUGAGGGCUGAACUAGGACGUGCUCUCACUGUUACCUGUCAUGUCGGGCACUUUUAGUGGCGGCAUAGAACACGUGCCUUUACUAUGGAUUACUACAUCCUUUGUGUUUUUAUUGAACAUUACAGACACCCAAAAUUAAACUUCAUUCUGUGUAUUCCAGACUCGGAUCACUAGGGAAUGAUUUAUUUGAAAUAUGGCAUUUAUUAAAGAUUUGCACAUUUCAUUUUCAACUUUUGAAUAUGAUUGUAUGUCUAUAUGCACUCAGAGGUGUUGGUUUUCUUAAAUACUUUCAGCCUUUAUACAAAAGUCUAUCAGUGUAUAAGUUAGUAGUUUUAUGCAGUUUAUUGCUAGAAAUAUUAAAUUACCAUAUACCUUUAAUGCUCCAUUCUAAUGUAUUCCCUGCAAGGAUCUUUCAUGACUCAAAACAUAAGUUUUGUUUUUUUAUAUUAUUCUUUAAUGCAUAUGUAAAUAAAGCCAUUACCUAUUGAGAACUUA